AUGCGUCUCCACUGCUUCGGGUCCCUCAUACUUCCAUCGCUGGCUUCGUUUCGUUUUUCAUUUUUCCGUCAGACUCCGCUCACCACGGACGACUUCACAAUGCCUGCAGACGAGGAGGAAGCUGGUCACCGCAAAAUUCCGAAGGCUAAGUUCAUCCGGAGCGUGGAGCAGUUUGUCGGCCUGCAGAAUCCCGGUCACGUGGAGGCCGUCGCACGAGAGCUCCUCAUGAAGUACCGCUACAUGGAGCAGGCCAUCCAGCGCCAGAGCGAAGUUCUCCUCACGAAGAUUGGAGACAUGGAGGAGGCCUUGUCCGCUGUCAAAAUGCUCAAGAAACAAAACGAGAAGGCGAAGGAAUCCGGCGACGCCGAAGAGGCAGCGCUGCGCACUUACUUUGAGCUCGCGGACACUCUGCACGCCGAAGCGGUCAUUCCGCCAACCGAGGCCGUCUGCCUCUGGCUCGGCGCGAACGUCGUCAUGGAAUAUCCGCUCGAUGAGGCAGAGACGCUGCUCAUCAACAACGUGGAGACAGCCAAAAAGACCCGCGCUGCGGCGCUCGAGGACCUCCAGCGCCUGCGGAAGCACAUCACCGUGACCGAGGUCAACGUCGCGCGCAUCCACAACUACGGCGUGAAGAAAAAUCAAGAAGCGAAAGGUGCGCGCCGCUCGCCCUGA